GGUACACUGGGUGCUGACGUGAAUUGGCACAGCCCAGCCCCCGCUAUAAUGUGAGUGGGAAAAGUCCACAGGCAAAGACGGGCUACAGUGUGGAUGAGCGCGGACGGUGCGCAGACGCAUCAGGUGCGCACAAGGAAAGACUCCAAGACGCGCAGCGGCUAGACUUGCUUUACAGGGAAGUACAUCGCUGUGUUUACACGUAAUACUAAUGUGAGUUCUGAAAAAAAAAUAGAGCGAGGGAUUUACAAAAAAUAAAGAUACAAGAAAGCAGUGUCUACUGGAGCGCUCAUGAAGACGCACGAGACCACAAACGCUUGCUCUUAAAAUUGUCAUGAAACAGCAGCAGCAGCGAGGCACAGACCUCCCAUAGGUCCUUUUUUAUUUGCAGCCUUUCAAGUUCAUCUAAAGGGGGGGGGGGGAAUAAAUCAUGAAUUUGUCGGAGUCUGUUUGGCUCUGGGACGAGCCAUGGAACCUCAGCAGAUCGGAGGAAGAAGACCAGAAACUUUUAUUCGGGAUCGGCACGGAUAAUUUCAUCACGCUGCUGGUUUUCGGGCUCAUCUUUACGCUCGGCGUGCUGGGCAACUCCAUGGUGAUCACCGUGCUGGCGCGGAGCAAACCAGGGAAACCACGGAGCACCACUAACAUAUUCAUCCUCAACCUGAGCAUCGCAGACCUGUCCUACCUGCUCUUCUGCAUCCCUUUCCAGUCCACCAUCUACAUGAUGCCGACGUGGGUCCUGGGCGCAUUCAUCUGCAAAUUCAUCCACUAUUUCUUCACUGUGUCCAUGCUGGUGAGCAUCUUCACUCUGUCUGCCAUGUCCGUGGACCGAUACAUUGCCAUCGUGCACUCCAGAAAGUCCUCCUCCAUCCGGGUGGCAAAGCAUGCUUUGAUCGGGGUAGUGGUGAUUUGGAUCCUCUCUCUGGCCAUGGCUGCGCCCGUCAUGUAUUACCAGAGCCUUUUCCACCGAGGAGAGAAUCACACCUUCUGCUGGGAAUGGUGGCCCGAUCAAAACCAGAAGAAAGUCUAUGUCGUUUGCACGUUUGUUUUUGGUUAUGUGUUGCCUCUGCUGCUGAUUUCCUUCUGUUAUGCAAAGGUUUUAAAUCACUUGCACAAAAAACUAAGAAAUAUGUCUAAAAAGUCAGAGGCAUCAAAGAAAAAGACUGCUCAGACGGUGCUGGUAGUGGUGGUGGUGUUCUGCAUUUCUUGGCUCCCUCAUCACGUGGUUCACAUGUGGGUGGAGUUUGGGACCUUCCCGCUGAACCAGGCCUCCUUCGUGUUACGGGUGGCCGCCCACUGCCUGGCUUACAGCAACUCGUCUGUCAACCCGGUCAUCUACGCCUUCCUGUCGGAGAACUUCAGGAAGGCUUACAAGCAGGUGUUCAAAUGCAAGAUCGGUACCGGUGACUCCCCGCUCAAUGACGUCAAGGAGAUCCGCAUUAAAGCGGACACUCCGCCCUCCACCAACUGCACCAACGUCUGACUGGCCGGGUGUGGAUGGUGACAUGAACUAUGGAGACUGUCACACUGAGACUCAAUGUAAAGUCACAGUGACAGAGCCAUCAGACAUGAGAGGUUUUCUUGAUGUACAUACUGUAAGUAUGGUUACUUGGGUUUUGCUACAGCUGUGCUGUUCCACAUAAGCGCUGUUCAUUAUACCUCAACUAGAGAAGAUAAAGCCCCUGUGGCUGCAGGGAAUGCUUAGUCCCUCUUUGAUCAGUCUCUGUUCCCUUCUUUCAUAACACAAACCUGUGGGGUCUGGAACUCAGGAAAAUUACCCUCUCUCUAAAGUAAAACUUGUUUUGAUUUGUAGACACUAUUUUACACGUCACAUCACGGUAUAUUUGCAAGCCAAUACAUAAAAAAACAUGAGGUCAUUGUACUUUCAGACUUCAAACGGAUUCAAAAUCUCAAUUGGAAGACUUUUGUCAAGAUUAGUAUUGCAUUACUAUACUGUCUGAAUGUGUCUUUUCUGUCUGAAGAACAUUUUACAGAAUUGUGAUUUUUUUUUUUUUUUUUCAAAAACGAAGGAAGGGCUUAUCAUUUCAAAUUCAGUAAACACAUUACACUUACUAAUCCCAGUAAUGUUCUGUUACUUUGACGCUAGAGGGUCAGCUUGUUUUCUGUCUUAUCAGGAACUAGAUGGUGGAAUGUGCGUUCAGUAAAGAAACUGGUGCGGGACAUAUUAGCUUGGUUAGCUUCAUGCAGAGGCUCCAGGCAGCUGGCAACUAUGAAAAGAGAAGAAAUGUGACUCCUAGUCAAAUGUCCAACUUUACAGCAGAAUUAAACAUGUUUACAGCCAGGUACCCUUUGGACACAAUAGUUAAGUUUCCCCUUCAUGACAACUGUACGGGGGUAAAAUAUUAUAUUACUCACCCGUUUAAAUUACAUUCAGGCUUAACGUUUUGUAUAAUUAGGGCCACGGUCGCUUUGAGUGACAGGUGGCAGCAGUCACAGGUGGUGAACAUAGACUGUAGGCUUCACUCGACCCAACCAUGCUCCAUCCACGCUCCACCUCUUUGCCCACUUUUGGAUUAGCCGGGAGUUAGGCGGCAUCAGGCAGUGCCAAGAUGGCCCCGGCCAGAGCAACCGGGAGCUGCCCACUUUGAGAUUUUGGCUCUUUAGACAUGACAUGUGACAUCACGGAGACUGUAUCCAUAUUUUAUACAGUCUAUGGCUCAGGCACAGCUGGCUCUGUAAUUGGGAAACAAACAAAGUGGCUGGAACACAGCCACACAACACUAUUCCGGCUACACCCCCCCCCCCCCUUCCAUUGUUGUCCAGACUCGCUGACUCCACCUUUAAACUGCAACAAUGUGCUUUCCAAUUUCUACACAUGUUAAAUACAUAAGAUGCAACAUUUGUGUGUGUGUGUGUGUGUGUGUGUGUGUGUGUGUGUGUGUAGUUUUUAAAAGCUAUGUCGGAGCUAAGCAACAGAAGGAAUGUAAAGAGUAAUUGAUUACAUUUUGCAGGUAACCUGCCUAACACUGCUGACAAAAGGUCACCACUGUACAUAAGAAUAAAAACCACGACCAUUGUCAUUGCACUUACUAUGCCUGUAUUUUAAAUGUGGUUGUAAAUAUUAUAGACACUGAAGCUGAUAUUCACAUAUGCCUGUAAAAGCCUCACUCUUUAUUUGGCUGUUAUGUUAUGUUGACAGUUUUCAGAUUGUGUCAUGCUGUGUGACUGAGCCAGGCUGUUGGACAUAUAAAAAGCUUAAUGCACCAUUUUUUGGACCCUUUCUAGUAGCCAUCUUUCUAAACAUAAAACAAUCUAACAGGAGAUCCUGUGGAGGUGAAGAAUUCGGAUGUUGUAUGCUAUUUGUGAUGUGCCAAGCCUCCACACAGCAGCUUUACCUCAGUAUAAUAAGAUCAUUAAAACUAAACAAUACGGGACCUUUACCUCAGACCUGCAGUAUCGCACAGUAUUUUAAGUACAUCUUUGGAAGUCGUGGACUUGAAGGAAUGUGUCACAUCCUUUAUUCACUUUUGCCUGAAAAAAAGAUUCCAAGAUGAUAUCAGUUUUUUUGGGGGCAUUUUCAGCGUGAGGUUAGCCCACAGCUGACAUGACUCAUCUACACCAACUUCAGUCCCGAGAGGAGGAACUAAUCAGUGUAAUCAGCAGUCUCUCAUCCUCCCUGUCAGCGAGGAUCUGACAUGUGAAAGGAUUAUUGCCAGAGAGCAGAGGAGGUGCAGUCGAUGGACUAAAUCACUGACUGUAUAGGCGGUGAUGCUCAUUUAUUCCUAUACAGGACUGGGGAUUUUUUUUUAAAUGGGACAUGUGCAUGGAAAUCUAAUCUAGGUGUUGU